CCUCCAUCCACUCUGCACCACCAAAUCAUACCUCUCCGACUCACUACUUUAUCGCGACAACCAUGGCAAAGAAAAAGAAGCAGCAGAUGGAGGCUUGGUGCUGGUACUGUGAUCGAGAGUUCGAAGACGAAAAGGUGCUGCUACAGCAUCAGAAGGCAAAGCAUUACAAGUGCCCUUUCUGUCCAAGGAGGCUCAAUACUGCUGGAGGCUUGACGGUUCAUCUUCAUCAGGUCCAUAAACAGGAGCCCACAGUAAUCGAAAAUGCCCUCCCUGGCCGCGAGUCGUUCGACAUCGAGAUCUACGGCAUGGUGGGCAUCCCCGAAGCGGACCUGGCAGCCUGGCGAACAAAGAAGGAAGCAGAAGGGCAAGGCUCGUCGGGACAACCGUCAGCCAAGCGUCAGAAGAUAGAGAACGUCGCCCUCACGCCUGAGCAGCUCAAGGCUCAGCUCGAGGCACACAAGGCGCUCAUGAGCGGUCAGGCUUUACCCCCUGGUGCGGUUCUGCCUCCUGCUGGAUUCGGCACAGCCAUGUCACCGCCGCCGCCACGUCCACCAUCGGCGAUGCCAGCCUACUCUGGCCCUCCGCCCGGAUUUGGCAUGACUGGCCCGCCACCAGGGUACGGUCGCCCCCUUCCUCCCGGGAUGCCUCCCUACUCUGGCCCGCCCCCCUCUCUUUCCUCCCAACCAUGGCAACAGCCACCUCCUGGACAGGCUCCUCACCAAUAUACUGGGCCUCCACCACCCAACAUCACCAUCCCCGUGCCGAGUCCGCACCAGAGGGCGAUCAAGGAAGGAGCAAAGAGUCGCAUGGUUUAUGCGGAUCAGAAUUUGAGUCCAGAAGAGAAGAUGGCGAUGAGCAGCAAGUAUCAAUACAGCGAUCCUGAUGAUCCUCCUCAGAGACAGCAUACGCAGCAGCAGCAGCAACAGGCAUCCACGUCCACAUCAGCGACGGCAUAUGGGGCAGGGUCCCCUCCGCCUCCCACGAUGCACCAGCAACAGCAGCCGUACUACGGUGGACCUCCUCCUUCAAUUGGCAACUACGCGCCAGGCGGAUCGGCAAGCCCGUACGGCUACACACGCCCUCCUCCGCAGAGCGGCUAUGCGGUCAGUCCUUCUCCGUAUCCCGCAGCGGCAGCAGCAGUAACCCCCGUGUAUGCGCGCUCCGCUUCACCGAGCGUUCCACCUCCUUCUUUUAGCUCUCCACCACCUCCCGCUCCUCAACAGUACGGCGGGCCCCCUCCCCCGAUCGCUUACGGCAACGGGAGCGCACAGCAGGCACAAUCCUAUCCAGCCGUUCCUCCCGGCGCUUCGCCCCCCUCAUCCCGUCCCGAGGACAAUACGGCCGAAGCCCUCGCCCGUACGAAUGCCGGCGUCGCGUCAGCCGAUGGGCAGGCGAGGGGACAGAGAGAAGCAGAGGUGCGUCACAUGGAAGCGAAGGCGGAGGGACUUGGUGACAGACCGAGUGCGGAUGACCAGGGAGAAGGGCAGCCGGGUAGUGGGGUGAUGGAUGCAGCAGAGGGGAAUGAGGCGCUCAAGGCGCAGGACGCGCAAGGCGGGGAGAAAGUCAAGUCGACGCCGGGAAGAAGGGCGAGGGCGGCGGACCUUUUUUGAAGAGCGUGAUACGCUCAGAGAAGGAGACACAGAGGACCAGGGACACGAGGCAGACAAGACAGGUGCGUGUUGAUCGAGAGAAUGCGACGAGAACGUAGCAUCGCGUCCCGUCACCAUGGCUUCUCAAGAAAAGCAGGACGGAUAAACAGCGAUGUCCACUAUAGCACGAUGUAAGCGCAUUCUUUCCAGGGGGUGUAGCGCAGCUCGGCCCUCCCUUCAUCCAACGUUGCCUCUUCCCUUCCCGACCUUCUCGACCUUCUCACCAGUGGCGAACACCGCAGGUGCGAGCAGCCAUGGCAAGAUUAUGUUGACAACGACACUGUGAGUCCAUGCGCAGCCCCAUCCGCCGGCCGAAUCGUAUCUACUCUGCGUGCAUGCAGUG